CGUCGUUCAAUAUUUCUGUGCACGUUUCAAAAUUGCUGAAGACAAACUAAAAUACCAUCAGUUGAUAUCCAUAAAAAGGAGAUAUUGGCCUUAAACGAAAUGGCUUUGUGCACAAUUUGUACAAGUGAAACCUCCAAGUAUAAAUGUCCGAGGUGUAUUGCACUAUAUUGCUCGCUUGCCUGUUACCAAAAACAUAAACAAGAUGAGUGCAAACCAGAAACCUGUGUACCAAGAGUUGUGCAUGCUACUGUCGAACAAGAAGAUGAGAUGGUCGACUACGUCCCGAAGAAAAUCUUGGAAGGCUUAAAAUACUCUGAUAAGAUUCGAGAUCUACUGAAGAACCCCCAUCUACGGAGUCUCCUUCGAUUUUUGAAUGAUACAAAUAAACCGUACUCUGCAUUGGAAAAUGUUAUGCGCGAACCUAUUUUCAUCGAAUUUUCAGAUGAAUGCCUUAAAAUUGUAGACUCAAACUUAUAAGUCCAAUAUAUUUCUAAUAUUUUUAAAAAACAAUUUUUCAAGUAUUGUCAAAUAAAAAAUCUUGAACAUGGUUCAUUCUCUUGUGACUGUGAAUUGUUAUAAAAGUGUUGAUUGGUAAA